AAAAUUUUAAAUGCACGCACGUUAUUGGUCAGUCGAUACAAAUUUAUGUAGAUUUAAUGAAUUUAAAUCUAAAAUAAUUUGCAACUCGUAAUUUAUAUUUAUGAAAAUUAAAUUAAUAUUUACAUGAAGUGAUAUUUAUAAAGCAUUGCUUUUUAUUUAAAGUAGAGAACAUGGAGAGACAUUCUCUCAUUUAAUUCGUGUCUCUUCCUACUUAACAUAACCUAAUUCAUUUGUAACCAAUGAUCAAGAUAAACAAAUGUUUUAAAUGAUUACUGAAGUAUCAUUUUCUCAAAUUCAAAUACGCUAGAGAAUCUCUAGCAAUUUCAGCUGCAGUUAUAAUGGUACAACAGAAAUAAUCAUGUUUUAAGAGAAUGUCAAAUAUUUAUUGAUAUAAACAAAAUGAGUGAAUUUAAAUUACAUCAUUUAGUGGUUGAAUUAAUUGAAUUACUCGGAUCAUCAUCUGCACCAGAGAAACAUGUAGAGAAAUUACAAAAAGAAGGUGUACCAACGAGUGCAAGUGCUUUAACUAUUGUUGCACCACAAAGUUCUAUUCGUAACUUAGCAAAAAAGUCUCCUGUUCCUGAAUUAUUUCUUCAAAAGUAUGAAGAAUUAAAAGCAAAGAAGAUAGAUUUGUUAGGUUUAUUCAUUCAACUAUUAGAACUUAUAUCUGAAGAUAAAGAAUUAAAGAAUUAUUUGGCUAAAGAAGCAUCAAAUGUAUCAUCAAUUUCUACAAAAAAUGCUGCUAUUACUACAGAGGAUUUACCACAGAUUUGUAAAAAUGUGAUUAAAGCCGCUGUAGAAGGAGAAAAGAAAUUAAAUAAACAAGUAUGUGCAAUUACAAAGAAAACAGAAUCGUCUAUUAUAAAACAUAAUUGGGUUUAUGAGAGGCCUAGACUAACAUGGGAUUUUUAUAAUGAACCAAAUGUAAUGCCAUGCCAAAAAGUUGUACCAAUAAUUUCUCAAGAAUCUAUAUUACUUUGGGAUAUCUUAUAUUGUUUGAAAGGUAUAGAUGGAACUUAUAUUGUUUCUGAACCUUUAACAAGUCCACAUGCAGUGAAGACAUUUAAUAUAUCUCCAGAUGUUUGUAUAUCUUACAAACAAUUGACACAACAAAUAUUACCUCUUGCAUCACAUUAUUCUAUGGCAGCUAGAUUUGUCGAAGAAAAAGUUUUAGCAGAAGAUGGUCAAGUAAAUCAUGCUUUGAGAGGAGCUAUAAAAAGUUUACUAAAAGAUUACUUACUAUUUGUUGUACAGUUGGAAAUGGAACAUGUACGAGGAAAAUUAAAUUUACAAAAGUUGUGGUUUUAUAUUCAACCAACUAUGAUCGCAAUGUCUAUUCUUUCUCAAAUUACAUCGACUAUAUGUAAAGCGAAUGCAAAAGGUGGUAAAGUACUCAGUCUUUUGCACGAACAAACAAAUAAUAUUAGUGGAGAAGCAAAGUUUAAAGAAUUAUGUUUGUUCCUUAUACAAACAGCAAGUAUUCCAUAUAUGCAAAUAUUAGAAAAAUGGGUAUAUAAAGGAGUGAUUUGUGAUCCAUAUGAAGAGUUUUUUGUAGAAGAUAAUGAAUUAAUUCAUAGAGAGGAAUUACCUAUAGAUUAUUCUGCAGAUUAUUGGGAGAAAAGGUACACUAUGAGAUCAGAAAGAACUCCUACAUUUCUUAAUGAGCAGGCACAAACAAUUAUGAGAACUGGAAAAUACUUUAAUGUAAUAAGACAGUGUGGUAAAAUUGUUCAAUGGGGAAAACAAGAACCUUUAAUUUAUCAACAUCAAGGACAAAAAUAUAUAGCUACUAUUGAUAGAGCUUAUUCUGAAGCUGCAAAGACCUUAUUGGAAGUUCUUAUUCAUGAAAAUGAUCUAAUGGGUCGGCUUCGUAGUGUAAAAAAUUAUUUUCUUCUUGCACAGGGAGAUUUUAUAGUUCAAUUUAUGAAUCUUUGUGAAACUGAAUUAAAUAAAAACAUGUAUGAUAUUGUUAUUCACCGAUUAGCAUCUCUUCUUGAAGUUGCACUGCGUAUGUCUACUGCAGAUUCAGAUCCAUACAAAGAUGAUUUAAAACCAGAACUUUUACCUUAUGAUCUUCAAUUUCAAAUGUUUAGAAUACUUUCUAUUCAAACUAGAGAAGAAAAAGAGUACUGUUCUCAAACUGAUAAAACCUUAACUGGUUUGGAAGCAUUUGUAUUCAAUUAUGAUGUUAAAUGGCCUGUUUCUUUAAUACUCAACAGAAAAGCUAUAGCUUGUUAUCAAAUGCUGUUCAGACACUUAUUUUAUUGCAAAUAUAUUGAAAGACGUUUAUGCAGAGUAUGGGUGAGCAAUAAAAUUGCAAAAACUUUUACUCAUAAUGUUGCAAUGUCGUAUAGACAAGCAUUUUCAUUGAGACAAAGAAUGCUGGAUUGCAUUCAACAUUUAGCAUAUUAUAUGAUGGUUGAAGUUAUAGAACCAAAUUGGCUUACUUUUAUAAGCAAAAUGAGUAAGGUCAGUAACGUGGAUGAUGUUUUAAGUGUGCAUCAAGAUUUGCAAGAUAGUUAUUUGAAGGAGUGUAUGUUAACAGAUCCUGAUCUUUUGGGUUGUAUAACAGGCAUUUGUUCUGCUUGUCUUGAAUUUUGCAAUUUUAUGGAGCGUAUGAGUCCAUACUACAUUGACGCCGAAUUGACGUCCAUGAUUGGUGCCUAUCAGGAAGAUGUCUAUGAUUCUGAGGACGAAGAUGGAGAUAUGUACAAAGAAAAUGCAGCUAGUUUUGAAGAAACUAUCAUAUCGUUGGAUGAGAAAUUUACUCAAGUAUUAAUUCGUCUUUUAGAUAGAAUAUGUGAUCUAGGAUGUGAUAACAACAAUGAAAAACUUCUUAAUGUCUUUUGUAGGCUAGAUUUCAAUUUAUUUUAUACCGAUAUUUUGAUACGACGUGGAAGAGAAAAAACAAUGCAAGAGGAUGUUUCCGGUUAAAUACUCAAACUCAGCAGAAGAUUAUACAGCCAUAGGUAUAUCCGUAGCUUCUGAUUAAUCUAACAUUGUAGAGUUACAUAUUUUGCAUAAUAUUUAUUUCGAAUGUAACGGCGAUUUGAAAAGAUCCUUGCUAGAUAAUAUAUCAGAUCUAUCAUUUGAUCAGUCUAGGAUCUAUAUUGAUCCUUAAACUUUUCAAAUCGCCGUCAUAUUAAAACGUCCACACAAGUUAAUAGUAUAGUAAUUCUAAAAUUUAUAGAUGAACAAAAUUUAAUUUAUUUAUGCAUUACAUGUUUCAUUUAAAUUAUUUAAAUUCAUUUUGAAUGAAUUUUUUGCAAAUCGUGUAAAUCACUAAAAUAAAGACUAUUUUGUACACUUAAAAAAUAAAAUAUAUUUUAUAAACAUGAAAAAGAUUUACAAUUUGAUAAAAAAAUAUUUUUAUAGUAAUUUUACUUCUGAAGAAUAAUCUUUUAUAUUUAACAAAUGUUAAAUCUUUUUUAUUUAACAAGUGAAGAAAGUUUAACUAUUUCGGCAUGUUAUUAAAAGAGUGAUAUUUAAUCCAUUCAGCCUAAAUUACGAAUCAGAUUCAUGCAUGGCUUGAUGUUAUUGAGUUUAACUAGUACUUGUAACUCUUAGACAAUUUUAGAUAUUUUUAGUAGAUAUUUGUAAGUAUUUAUAUGUACUAAAAUAUAUAUUACGAUUGUAACACUGUAUUACUAUGUCAUAAUGUCAUCUUAUGAAGUAAAUGUUGGUUCGUCCACGCAAACCGCAAAAUUUUUGAAGAUUGAAUGGAUUAAAGUAGCUGUAUGAUUCAGUCUUAACAUUGACUCUAUAAAAGCUUUAAACGCUUUUAAUUAUAUAUAAAAGAUGUUGAACAAUUUUACUAAAUAGUUUAUUAAAUAUAAUAAAAAUAUUAUAACAAACACUUGGUAACAUAGAUAUAAAAAUACAGUUCUUUCAAUAUGGUUACAGCUAAAAAAUUAACAUGUUCAAUCGUUGUUACAGUUAACAAAUCUGGAAGAAUAAAUAUUUUAAUUUCCAUCAGCUUCCUCAAGAUUAAAAUUAUUAUUCUCAAUCUUCUGUUUGAUGGAAUCCAAAAUAAUUUCCAUUGUCGCAAGUCUUUUUUCCAACUUCUCUAAUUUGCUGAACAUUUUUUCAUUGUCUGAUUCUCGACCUCUUUCUGUUAGAAUAUUUUUAGCCUGUUUCGUGAUAUAUGGAUCCAUUUUGAAAUUAGAAAACACUUUAUCUCUAGAGCCUUUGUCGGACUUGACGUUGUGAUACAAUUUGUUUCCAUAUGCUUCCAAGAUAUCGUACGGUUUUACACUCAAUUUACCAUUAAUCAAGUAACUGGGGAAGAGAAGAACUUUUUGAACGAGAAACGCUAAAGGAUUGUACCUCCAGCUAUGCAAAUAGCUGCAACAAAUCGAACAUUGUGUCCUGUAUAUGAAAGGUACUUGAACAGCCAGAUUUUCGAUAUAAGCAAGAACUUGUAUCCUAGAAAUUAGUCCAAUUAAUUCCGCCUUUCCGAGAAUCUCUGCUGUGUCGCUGACUGCCAAACCGUUUAGCAAAUUGAACAAAACUAUAGCGAUGAGGAAGACAAACAGAAUGAAGACAAGAUGGCUGAGAAUCGGAUGCGACACGAAAGGAAUGUCAUUAGCGUCGAAUUCUCCAGUGAGCAUGAUGAUCGUUUUGAACAGGGAAUGUCCAGGAUCUGGAAAGUUACUAUCGGAUCCAUCCUUGAAGAGUGUGAAGAAAGCAAAUGCGAAGGCUAGGAUGAGAAAUGCAUAAAGCAGCAGAAAACGCACGAAAUUGAAAGACACUGUUUUGAACAUUUCAAUACCAGUGGACAUUCGAGGAUGCUUGCCAAUUAAAAUCACCAUCUCCCAGGCAGAUAAUAAUAUCGUAAUAGCUGCAGCCUGUGUAGAUGCAUUAUUUAACAUAACGAAUCCUAGCACUAUCAACGCAAUUUCGAUCCAGUUUUCUAAACUGGACACGUAAUGACACGGCGAUGAAAGUAGUUGAAGGAUCUCUCUGAAUGCAAGCAACGCUGUCGUGAUACCAGUGAGUACUCGCAGAACGUAGAUGGAAGUUGAUUCUUUCAUAUCUUUAUCGACUGAUUCGCUCGAAUUCGCGGAUAUUUGCGAAUCUGUCGCGACGUAAGUGAUCUGCAGAAUGUA